AUGGAGGAGGGAGGCGGCCGCGACGUGGAGGUGCCGGUGUCGACGGAGGUGAAGAAGACGGCAAAUAGGAUGAAGGUGGAGUGUCUGGCCCUGCCGCUGGGCAUGGUCAUGGUUCAGCUAUUCACCGUGGUCACGAUGGUUCUCUCCAAGCUUGCCCUCAACAUCGGAAUGCACCCGUUGGUGCUGCUCGUCUACCGCAACCUCAUCGGCGCCGCCGUCGUCGCCCCCCUCGCCGUCGUCUUCGAGUGGGAGAUGAGGAAGAAAGUGAACCUCCGCGUGAUGGGCUGGAUUUCCAUUAACGGAACAUUCGGAGUUUUGCUGGCAAUGGGGCUCUACUACUGGGGCCUACGUAUCACCAGCGCGGCCUACGCCGUCAACUUCCUCAACCUCAUCCCCGUGGCCACCUUCAUCAUCGCCGUCGCGCUCCGGGUGGAGAUGCUGGUGCUGAGCAACUGGGCAGGCAGGAUGAAGCUCCUGGGCGCGGUGGUGGGCGUCGCCGGCACCAUGGUGGUCACCAUCUGCAAAGGCAAGCUACUAGUACACCCUUCACCCAGCCACCACUUCCUCCAACCGUCGUCCCACUCUUCCUCCGCGGCGGCUUCUUCCCCUCUUCACCAGAACCACAGCAGCGUCGCCGGCACCCUGUUCCUCUGCGGGAGCUGCCUGAGCUACGCGCUGUGGUUCAUCAUCCAGGCCCGGGUCGCCAAGCUGUUCCCGUCCAGGUACUGGGCCACGGCGUUCACCUGCGCCUCCGGGAGCCUCCAGUCCGCCCUCGUCGCCGCGGUGGCCGCCGCCAUGGGCUUCACUUCCGAUCAGGGGAUGUCGUGGAGGCUGGGAUGGGACCUGCAGCUCGCCACCGUGGCCUACUCCGGCGUCUUCAACACGGGCGCCACGUUCCUGCUCGUGUCGUGGGCCGUGGCCCGCCGAGGGCCCAUCUACCCGCCCAUGUUUAACUCCCUCUCCCUCGUGGUCACCGCCGUCGUCGACUCUGUCCUGCUCGGCACCGACGUCUACCUCGGCGGCGUGCUGGGAACCGUGCUCGUCGUCGUGGGCCUUUACGCCUUCCUCUGGGGAAAAGGCAAGGAGCUCGCCGCCGUUGCCAGCGCCAAGCCGGAUGACGACGACAUUGCCUAGCACGGUAGCACCUGGCUCUAAGCGCGCGAUUUCGAGACGGCUGGCCAAUUACUUAAGCGAGGGAUCUAUAUGUAUGUUCAAUCGCUGAAACUGAGAUUAAUUGUGCUCUUGCCUCUUGCCGCGCGCGCUUAGUUAGUUUUUUUAAUGAGGUGUUGAGGCUAAACCCGAAUUCGCAAUCCGUAUGAAGAAAGACGACUUGUUUCCAGUUAUUAUAUGAGCAGUGACAGUAUGGAGUGAGAUAAACCGCUAUAAAUUACAGAGCAAUGUUCUUGACCUUGUUCCCGGAAGAUGUGGGCUGUUAACCAUCUCAUGCAUGUUAUAGUUUUUCUUUCG